AUGAAUCUGAUUACUGUUUUAGAGAAAACGGUAUCAACUGAUACAAGUGAACUCGAGGCUGCCCAGCAGUUUCUAGAACAGGCCGCCCAGCAGAAUCUGCCAGAACUCUUAAAAAAACUAUCAGAUAUCCUGAAGCAUGGCGGUAAUAGUCCAGUGGCUCGAAUGCAAGCUGGCCUUCAGCUUAAGAAUGCCAUAUACUCCAAAGAUCCAACAAAUAGAGCAAAUUACCAGCGCCGGUGGCUACAGUUUAGGGAAGAUGUGCGCAUGUAUAUAAAGAAAAAUGUUUUGGAAUCGCUGGGCACUGAAACGAUACGUCCAAGCUCAGCUGCUCAAUGUGUUGCAUACAUUGCUUGUGCUGAACUCCCUCACAAUCUAUGGCCAGAGCUCAUACCACUUCUCACACAGAAUGUUACCAAUAUUAAUAGCACAGAGCUAGUUAAGGAAGCAACUUUAGAAUCUAUUGGUUAUAUCUGUCAGGAUAUAGAUCCAGAGAUUCUGGCAUCACAGUCCAAUGAAAUAUUGACUGCUAUCGUAAAUGGUAUGCGAAAAGAAGAAUCAAGCAAUCAUGUGAGAUUAGCAGCUACAAAUGCUCUUCUAAACUCAUUGGAAUUCACAAAAUCUAAUUUUGACAAAGAUCCUGAAAGGCAUUUCAUCAUGCAAGUUGUUUGUGAAGCUACACAAUCCCAUGAUACACGGGUUCGUGUUGCUGCAUUGCAGUGCUUAGUAAAGAUAAUGUCCCUGUAUUAUCAAUACAUGGAACAUUAUAUGGGACCAGCAUUAUUUGCUAUUACAAUGGAAGCCAUGAAGAGUGAUAUUGAUGAAGUAUCUCUUCAAGGGAUUGAAUUUUGGUCAACAGUUUGUGAUGAGGAAGUUGAUCUUGCCAUAGAACUUUCAGAAGCUGAUGAAGAAGGAAGGCCACCAGAAAGAACAAGUCGAUUUUAUUCCAAAGGAGCUUUGCAGUUUUUGGUCCCAAUAUUAUUGAUAACUCUUACAAAACAAGAAGAGUUUGAUGAUGAUGAAUGGAACCCAUGUAAGGCAGCUGGUGUGUGUUUGAUGCUGAUGGCCACAUGCUGUGAAGAUGACGUUGUAGGUCACGUACUUCCUUAUGUCAAGGAAAAUAUUGUGCAUACUGAUUGGAGGCAUAGAGAUGCUGCUGUUAUGGCAUUUGGAUCCAUUCUAGAAGGUCCUGAUCGUAAUAAGUUAAAACCUAUUGUUGAACAGGCAAUGCCAAUGUUGAUAAACUUGUUGAAAGAUUCAAGUGUUGUGGUGCGGGACACUACAGCAUGGGCAGUGGGCCGAGUCUGUGAAAUUUUACCCGAAGCUGUUAUUAAUGAUACCUGCCUGCCGCCUCUGCUGGAAGCUUUAGUUCAAGGGCUGGAAGCUGAGCCACGUGUAGCUCAUAAUGUAUGUUGGGCUAUAUCUAGCUUGGCUGAAGCCGCAUAUGAAAUUGCUGCAGACACAGCUGAUGAGAAUGUGGAACCAGAAACAUAUUGUCUUUCGUUUUAUUUUGAUGGUAUUGUCACCAAACUCUUAGAAACUACAGACAGGGCAGAUUCUAAUCAACAUAAUUUGAGAAAUGCUGCAUAUGAGGCCUUAAUGGAACUAGUGAAAAACAGUCCCAAGGACUGCUAUGAAACUGUCAAAAAGACCACAAUGAUUAUUCUACAAAGGCUUGAGAAGGUCUUGCAGAUGGAGGGUCAUAUUAAUUCUACAUCUGACAGGGUUCAGUACAAUGAUUUACAGUCUUUGCUGUGUGCUACACUCCAGAGUGUAUUGCGUAAAGUGACUCCAGAAGAUGCUCCCAAAAUUUCCAGUCCCAUCAUGACUGCAUUGCUACAGAUGUUUAACACUUCUUGUGGGAAGUCUGGGGGAGUUCAAGAGGAUGCUUUAUUGUGUGUUUCAACACUUGUUGAAGUACUUGGAGAGAACUUUAUGCCAUACAUGCAAGCUUUCAAGCCUUAUCUUACACUUGGGCUGAAAAACCAUGCAGAAUACCAGGUAUGUCAGGCAGCUGUAGGUCUGACAGGAGAUAUCUGCAGAGCUGUGGGGAAAAAUAUCUUGCCAUGCUGUGAUGAACUUAUGACAUUGUUGGUAGAGAAUCUUGGAAAUGAAACUGUCCACAGAUCAGUGAAACCACAGAUCUUGUCUGUUUUUGGAGAUAUUGCCCUUGCUAUAGGUUUUUAUUUUAAGAACUAUUUGAGUGUCGUUUUAAAUACACUACAGCAGGCAUCUCAAGCUCAGGUUGAUAAGACUGACUAUGACAUGAUUGACUAUCUGAAUGAAUUGAGGGAAGGAUGUCUGGAAGCUUACACUGGUAUUGUGCAAGGACUAAAGGGAGAUGCAGAUGAAAUCAACCCUGAUGUGAACCUUCUUCAGCCUCAUGUUGCACACAUGAUUUCGUUUAUUGAGCACAUAGCUCAAGAUGAAGACCACAGUGACAGCAACAUUGCUGCAUGUUGUGGUUUGAUUGGUGAUCUUUGCACUACAUUUGGUUCAGCCAUGGUGCCAUAUGUUGACAAAGAAUCUAUACAGGCUUUGUUGACAAAGGGAAUGCAUCUUGAGCUGCUGAACAGGGCAUGGUCAACACAAGCUUUUAGGUGUGAAUUAUUUUUGAUUUCUUCUGUCUCUCUCUCUCUCUCUCUCUGUCUGUCUCUCUCUCUCUCUCUCUCUCUCUUACUCUUAUUUUAUGUUUAUAUUCUCCCUUUGCUGCUUUUUCUUUUCAUGAUCUGA